UGGUUGGGGACAAGUGCGAACUCUCUACCUUGGUACACGCGUGACGCUGUUUUAGCUUUCAGUAGACCACUAGACCUGGCAAGGAGGAGGUUGAAUUCGGUGAGGAGGCAUAGUACUGAUGAGACGUGGUUCGUGGUUGUCGUGUUCAGUUUAUACGCUUGUGAGCGGAGGAGCAUAGUUUUAACAAGGUGGAGUGAUGGCUACAGUAACCUCACCACCAUCACUGCAGCUACUGUGUGAGGCCACCGCUUCUGCAUGGCUGGUCCAAUGGUCAGGAAUUUUGGGACAGGUUGCUGCUCAGGCUGCUUCCUCUGAGGCCCCCACUACCUGCAGGGGACUUCCACAUGCCUCAACCCAGUCUUCAGACAGCACUAAAACUAACACAGCAGGGCAGUACUUCAUGAGGAAUAAUCCCCACUACUCAUUAGAAGAUACUUCUAAUAAAACAGAGGAGCCUUAUCUGAAGCAAGGGCCAUCCCCAAAAGGCAACAUUAAGAAGCUAAUUAAGUCUUGUAUUUGCAGAAAAAUGAUAAGAAAAAUAAACAGCAAAAAUGCCAUUGUGAAGUACCCUUAUGACAGAGAGACUUUCUCCAAUGAUGUUCAAGAUCAGAAGUAUGACAUCUCAUUGCCAAACAUAGAGCUUUUAGAAUAUGGAAAAGUCAAGUUAUUUGGAAAAAGUAACAAUGUUAUACUAAACCAGCCCUCUAGUCAAACAACAUUACAGAAACAGAAUCUGGAAAUUCUUUUUCCCUCAAGAGCUGUUCCCUACAAACUCCAUGACACUAUAUUAAAAGAGAAUGUAAGAAAAUGUGCCAUGUACCUAAAAUUCAAUCUGCCACCUCUAUUGAUUGAUCAAGUAGUAAGUUCAGCAUGGAUGAAUAUCUCAGAGAAAGUGAUCACAAGGAGUUAUAGAAAGACUGUCCACAAUUAUGAUGUGGCUAACUGGGCCAGGAAAGCACCUAUUGUGUUACUAAUUGCUGCUAACAUUUCUGAGAGGAAAUUCCCUCUAAAUAUAUCAGGUGUAGGAGAAGACAUCUUUGAUUAUACUCUAAAUUUUAUUGAGAAACAUUUUCCACUGGAACGAAUAAAUAAAUUGACGUUACCAAGAAUUAAAUUUAAACCAUGUUUGGAGAUCAGCAAAGCUUGCAUUGGUAUAUUAAAUGGAAUCUUGCAAAAAACUUCAUUAGUAAGUUUGGUUCUUGACUCUAUAAUUUGUGAUGAUAGCAUAUUAAGUUUACUGUCACAGUUCCCUAUCCAAGAGCUUAAUAUAGGAGGUAAUUCGGUGAGUGAGGAAGGAAUUAUCAAAGGACUUGCUGGAAUGUCACAAGAUUCAGCCUGUGGCAUACUCAAAGAAAUUGAUUCUGGUGAAUUUUGGACACACACCCUUUCCCUCAAGGAAAUCGUUGUGUAAACUUUCCAUUUCUUUUCAAAAUAUCUCUAACCUUAUGUACCACAUGGUCCCAUAUAUAUUUCCCAAUUUACAGUAUUAUGACCCUGGUAUAAAUAUGCUUCACUGUGUUAUGAGCUAUGGAAAGACUCUCAAGUAUUAUCAAACUACAAACACCCCACAUCCAUCAACCUUACAACUAGCAAGAAUAAAAAUGGGUUAUGCCAGUAGAGCCGAGAUGCUAGAAAUAAGUAAAAUCUGCCUUCUGUGAGGGAAAUAUCACUAACUAUUGACCUAGACUGUGAGGAGGUCUUGGAGGCCAUACAGAGUUACAAACAGUUAACUCAUCUGGAACUCACAUUUUACCCAUCCUUAGCUCCUACACUCCAAAGUUAGAUGGAAGAGUACUCCUUCCUGUCAUCAAAAAUCUUAAGCAACAAAUACAAUAUCUUAGUCUCACAGGAUUUAACAUCACUGGCUGUGUUUUGCAUGAACUUUCCCAGUUGCCUGAGUUAAAAACACUGAAGCUACUAGAAUCUUGGUUGUCAAAUCCAACAGCUUGCAAUCAUCAUCCAUUUCCUAGCCUUGAAAAUCUCACCCUACAGUAUCUUCCAACAAAUUGCAUAAUGCAACUUCUCACUGGUAGUUCUAAUUUGGUAAACUUAAGCUUUGAUGUAGUGGAGUCUGAUUGGGUGGGAAAUGCCAUAACAGAUGACCAUAUAAAGUACUUGGUAACAUCUGGGAUGAUCAGCUCUAUUCAGUCAUUUUCAGUGUCAUCCUCUUCCCUAACUCUCACCUCUCUGAAGACUUUGUCCCUUCUCCCAUUCUUGAGGAGCGUAAGUCAUGUUGCUAACUGGGGUUUAACGGAUGAAGAAUUACGUUUUGUCACGCAAUCUGGCCUACCUCAUAUACUCUAUAUAUACUAGCUUCAUGCUCAAUGCAUUCUGGUUCUCAGGGAUCAAGUAAUAUUUUGCUUAUAUAAUUUUAUUUAUGAUUAAAAAAAAAGGAAUUUUCUUCUUCACUCAAAAUGUAAUACGUAUAGUACUUCUUAACAUACAAGCCAUUUCCCAGUUGACGCUAAGUUACACAAAAAGCAAAAUUCCUGUACUUUAGUAAAAUAUUGUAAGAUAAGAUAUUUAUUUAGAAAGUCACAUGAUAGUAACUAAACUGAAUCCUGUAGUCAAUAGGAAAUACAGAUGCAAAGAAGAAAUUAUGAAACACCAAACAUAUACUAUACUUAUCAGACUGGUCAUUUUGCUGUCUACCAUUUUCUCAUCUUUUUAAGUCAAGUUUUUCGAGCUCUAAGGCUUGGGUCAAAAGCUGCUUGUGACUCAUCUCCUUGACAACAACAAAUUCAACUUAGGGAAUUCUGGAGUUAGAGCUCAUGCCAAAUCUUACUUCAAUAUAUUGGUUCAUUCUUUAGGUAUUAAUCAGAAACCCUGUGUGAAAAAAAAGACAGAAGGAUGGAUGUGCAUAUUAAUAAGUGUCUCCCUCCAUGUUUAUGGCAAGGAUAUUAAAAUAUAACUUUGGUCCCAAUAAUGUAUGACUUUGAAGCAACUGGAUCUCACUAACAUGGUGGUUUGUAUUUUUGUCUGUGACUCGUGCAUGACCAUUACCCCAGUGUCACCCUUUAAUAUACAUGUAUACCAAAUAAUAUAACUGAGAAACAUAUACUGUAUAAGGGUGACUGCACUGUCCACAAUUAAACAUGCCACAUUACCACUUUUAGUAAGUUUGAGUCACUCGUGUACUAUCGGUGAUUCCUUUAUUCUUGUAGAAAACAGUUUUCCAUGGGUUGUGAUGCCAAUAGCUAUUAUUCUCCAGUACAGUAAAGUACCUGUCAACCAUAAAUUUUUUUUUACAAAAUGAUCUAUUUUAUUAAAUAAAGAAAAUUAUAUUCCAUAACUGUACAGUACUGUAUUAUAUGAGAGUAAUUGAGAAUAAAUUCGACUGGCUCAGUGAUUGUGAGUGGUGGUGUUAGAGACAAGUUUGAGGAGGUGAGUAUAGGAGAAUGAUGACUAAUUGAAAGCUUAAUUAUAGGCUUAAUGAGAGUGUAAGAGAAUAAAAGCACGUUAGUGUACAGGUAUUUGUAAAAACCAAUGAUAUAAUCAAACUGACACAAGUACAGUACUGUACUAUAGUUUAUUGCAUGCCUUCCUUGGACUCAUGUUCAUGAUAGUAUCCACUUUACAUAAUUAUCCAUUCUUCAGAAGCCUUUUGGUCACAAAUUUUUCAGUUCACAGACUUUACUGUACUGUGUUGCUGUAUCAUUCACAGUUUUAACUAUCCAUCCUUUAUUUAUGAAAGUAUUAUAUAAAUUUAAAGUUAGAUAUAUAUCAUGUGAUGUGGAUACAGCACUCUUCCUUUUCUAAGGGUUGCUGAUUCAUCAUGCCAGGGGCACCCUUAGUUACCCCAGGUGUGAUUGGGUACCCUACCUAAGUUGGAAGUGAAUGUGGUCAGGUGCAACAUUGCUUCCUUGUGUAUCAAUGCCCCUCAGACCUAUGGGACCUGCUUUCAAACAUGCACACACACACACGUAAAAUUUGUACAGUAACAAAAUACAGUACCUGUAUAUUUUAUUACUGUGAUGUUUAGAUUUGUCAAAUGGAAACACCAAAUUAUUAUAACAAAAGUGAUGUCGUUAUUUCUACUGCUGGAUUUAUAAUACAGUAUACAAUAAAAUUUUACAACAA